CUUUUCCGGAAAACAAUGCCAGUUGGUUCCACCCACUCACCCACUCACCACCUGAGCAGAGGUGAAGUAGAAAGAGUGUAGUUAAAGAAACCCAUUCUGGUGUUUUUAUUUUCUUCUCCUUUGUUCUUUUUCUUCUUUUUCUUUUCUUUAUAUAACUCGUUUCCCUCUUCCUCUCUCUCUCUCUUUCUCUUAAUCUCUUGUAACACACACACACACACGGAAACCCCUGAGAGAGGUUCUCUGCCCGUUUCGACUCAAUCGUUUUUCCACUCGAUCAGUAGAAGAGCAGUAAAACGGAAAGAAGUGUGAGAAGGGAAAGACGAAGAAGAAGUUACACCAUGUCACUCGAGGGCUGGCACCAAGAUGAGUUAACUACUACCACUACCACCACUACAAGCCAUCAACCAUUCCCUCAAUUGUACCUCCAGAUCACUACUGUCGAUUACAAUCGCACAGAUCCGGUCUUUUGGAUACAGGCUCUUACAACGCUUGUCAAGUAUAGACAUAAACAACGACGUAUUCCUCGAUAUUACAGCGAACUCGAGAAACUUUACGGCCACCUGACUGCAACACUUGACGACGUGUAUAUACCCGUUCUUCCCAUCUGCCCGAGAGCAAAGUAUGACAAACAAAAACGGAUGCUUAGUCGGCAUUGGUGGGUCGAACUUGUCAGUGGCAACGAAAAUAACAACAACUACGACGACGACGAGGACGAUGAUCAUGAUCAUGAUGGGCGGCGACAGAAUGGAUUACCUAAUCCCGAUAUCAAAAUACAACAUUGGCUCGAUCGAAUAGCAAGCCAUGAAAGGAUCCAGCAAAGUGAAGGAUUACGUGAGUUUGUCGAGAGUGAUGUCGGGUUCCGACCACAGUUGAACAAGAAAAAGACAUCAAAAUCCAAACGACGACAUAGUGCUACGAUACGCAACGAGGAUCUUGAACCCGAAUUUUGGCUACUCAGUGAACAGAUCGAUGCAUUUCGCCUUUACCUUGGUCACUUGCAGCCUUGUUUAUCUCGAGUAGCCCGUGAGCAAAAAGGCAGCGCACAAGCAUGGAUGGAAUUGGCUUCAAUGUGGAUAACAUAUGGUGGUAUGGAGCGACAUCCAGAACUCUUUGUCAUUUAUAAGUAUAUCGUCAAAGCCUGUCAACAGGUACACAGCAUUGAGCUAUUGCAGGAAAUUUCGUUGAAUGAAACAUUAGGGGAAGAAGUAGACUAUCAAAUCAAAAACGCAAUGAACGCACAAGGGAUCAUGACGCGACGGUUGUCGGCACUCUCGGACUAUUUUGCAAGUCGGAAGCGGACAGAGUCAAGUCUGCGCAACGUCGAACGGCUCAAAUCUUCGUCCAACAUAGAUCGUGAUCAAGCAAAUGACGCUAUUGCUGAGCUGGAAUACGCUCGACUCGUUGAGCAUGACGCAUUGCAGCGCUACGAGCGUGUUGAUAGUCACUAUGACGAAGAUCUUGAAAAACGUUAUAAGCCCCAAACUGCGAAUGACAUGAUAACUUCCAUCCGCGACUACGCCAAAAGCCAACUGAUUCUUGAAAGACAAAAGCUAGCUGCUUGGCAAAGCAUGCUCACCCGUAUAAAGCAUCCAUCAUCAUAAUAAAAAACCUAUUUGUAUAGUUGUUAAAAUACUACGUAAUGAUACUAAUAAAAAGAACUUUUCCUCUCUCCGCUAAACUAGUGCAUUAA